CUGAUGAUGGACCACGUUCUUCUGGUCGAGCAGAGCAGCUGAACAUGGUCAUCAACCUGUGCUUUUCCGGUGUCUUCAUCUCCGCUGUCUGCAGCUCAUUGGGCUGAACGUAUGUGCCGGCAAGUAACACUGACGAUUGAACGCCCCUUCUACCAUCAGCUGGUGCCAAUAUUUUCCCUCCACCCGUCUACAGCAAGUAUUUGCGUUGCUUACCUUUCGCUUUCCUCCUGGGUCUCACGACGCAACAUUCCUGUCGGACUGCCGCAUGCUUCUCCAACCUCGACAGCAACUUGUACCAUCUGUUAUCGGCUCCUUCGAAGUUGCAAGAAUAAUGAAAUGGCAGCGUGAUAUAAAAGAGCAAGAGAGACCAUGAGCACGGUGCCACCUCGCGCAUCCUCGUAUUCAUCAGCCGCAACAUCGCUCGUUCAACCUGUGUUCGCAACUGAAUCGUUCCUCACCAAGCUCGGCAGCUCGGUAUUCCCUUGGAAGUCCCCCGAACUCGCACCCCAGACGCCUCCGAGAUCAGUUGCCUUCCGACCUGGUUUUAGGUCUAGCUCUGUCAGCGCCACUGUCUCGCCGGCCGACAACGCCAUAAGCCCAAACUCGAGCAUCAAAAGCCCCGAGACAGGUCGGCGGUGCACCGCAGCGUACCGUCACGGUAGAGUGCUAGCUUCAUCGCCUCAGCGUGCUUUUCUACGCACGCUGAGCAACGACCAAACACGCGCCUUUAGUCUCGAAUCCCCUCGUUCGUGCAGCUUUGCUUCUCCUGCUUCCACCUCAUCCUCCUCCGCGUCAUCUGUGGCUUCUUCCGGUUGCAGCAUCGCUCCGACCAUCCCUUUUUUUCCACGCACAAGCCUGGCCGAUUCGAGCCAGUGGGUCAGCCGAGUACACCCGUCGACAUUCAUGGACGUCUUUGCGCCUCGGAUCCGCACACUGUUCGACUCGAUGCUCUCCUCCCCGUCCUCCACUUCUUCAAGUCCCCCGCGGAAUCAACCACUUCACCAUCAGCGUCAAAGUGUCAGUGAGGAGCACAGCCAAGGCCGAAUGCGGCCGCACGAGCAAGUCGCAGAAGCAGUCAGGGCAGCGCCUACAGAAAUGGACGACGCUUACGAGCUACGAAGAUCACGUAUCCGGCGGCGUGCUGUCAUCUCCGAGAUGCUCUUCGACGUACGUGAAGUGACAGAGGACGAAGCGUCCGCGAUAUCGUCAUCGACCUUGUCGUCGCCGGGCUCUGUCUCAGCCUUGGCAGUCGUCUCCUCGUCAUGCUCUGCCCCGCCACAAGCCGAGCGGCCGCACUUUUUGACUACGCAUCCUAACAAUGCUGAGGCGGAGAUGGAGGACGAGAGUGAUAUGCCGACUCCCAAGCCAGACCAACACCCUUCAACCUUCGCGGUGCCGUCCACGCCAGCUGUAUCUCCCCCAUCGGCUGCACUUACGAACACAAGCGAUAUAUGUAUUGGGCCUCAAUUGGGUUCACCUAUCGCUUUUGACGCCGUUGAAGAAACAGCAAAAGCUCGGACAGCUGGGAGCGCGACUGCAAGCGGGAACGACGCCGACGCCGAUGAUGGUUGCGAAGGAGAUGGAAAUACAGCAUCAUUAAUGCAAAUGAGUGCGAGUAAGCGUAAGCGUCACACUCGCCUGCGUGACCAUAUGCCCAUCAACGACAAGCGCAAUCGGAAUCAUCGCCUCGGACUAUACCUGCUCGAUACGCCUUCUGAAGCUGCCAGUACGCCUGGAUCCGUGUCGCACAAGCAACGGCGUCCCCAGCAGACCAUCUUGACGGGCAUGUACACGUCGGUCAGGAACAGCAACUGCAGCUUGUCUAGCCCUGACGAACGGCCAAUUAACUCCAUCGACCGGGAUGCGCGCCUGCAGCGCCAUCAACAGCCCGCAGUGAGCCACCAGGUAAAGUCACGCUCACAUGCAGAUGUCAAGCGUGUUGCGACUGAUUACGGAAAGCUCGACAAAAAGCAGCUGAUACACGAUCUUGAGCGUGCUACCAAGAGUGCUGAAGAAGAGUCCGACAUACCGCGUCGUAGAUAUGGUGCCAAGCCAAGCAGGACGACUGUUUCCAUUGGUGCAAGCUCUGGUGCGAAGCUUGCUGCUUUGUGUUCGCCGGACUGUACUGCCAGAUUGCCGACAGCAAUGCUAACAUCAUCACCUCAAUCGAUCCCACGCUCGCAAUCGGAUUCAUCUUCACUCUUUGGCGAUGUCUCUGAUACGGGCGAAAUCGGGGGCGAUACACCUAGGCAACACAAGCAAAAGCGUUCGCGAGACUGGCAACGGCCGCAGCAGCACGCACACGCGAAAGACCACCUUCAUGACCACGGUGACAUGCUGAGAGAAGCGAGCUGCAGCACGUCAGAUCUUCGAAAGAGCAAAGCGCAACUCAAGCGCGCAGCCGAGCUCCUGCAGCUUCAGCGUAGCUUAUCUCAGUGCAGUCUGUCCGCCGCUCGGGAGGACACAGCGGCCGACGCAAGCAACGCAGCGCACGAUGAAACCGUCGUCGAUCAGCUCACACAGAGCUGCGCCGCACUCUCGAUGUUCGGACGGUCGCCAACGCGCUACGCACAGGCAAUUCCACGCAGGAAAACAUCACUCGCGGCGUUAGAGAUAGGGCGCCGAGCUGAUACCGCAUCAGCGAAAGUGCAGAAGCCUGAGAUACAACCGUUCAAGAGCAAGCGCGACAGCACUUUCACAGUCGAAGUACCUAUCUGCGGUACAAAAUCCAAGGGUCGCAAGAGGAAGCAUGUGGACGAGCAUGCUACCGCUGUGCUCGCUGCAAAAAACAAGCUAUCACUUAUGGACCAACGGCUGGACCUUGCGACUAGCUCAGAGUCGCCAGCGUCGCGUUACGUUCCUCCACAGUUCAGCUUCGAAGACAUGCGCGUGCUCACCAUCGGUCUGCUACAGCAACAGCAGCAGCACAGCUUUGACGGCGGCUCGCGCAAUCAAGAUGAAAGCAUUGGCAGGAAUGAUAUUCCCUCAGGUCGGCAAUGGCACAGCACUCCGCACCUGCUUCCCUCGGUGACGAAGCCGUUGAAGCCCUCCCGAAGUUUCCUGAAUCUUUUGCAUCUGACUGUUGGUAAGAGUUUGAGCAUGGACGCAAGUGACAGUGAAGGCGAGAGCGACGCAAGUGCUGGCGCGACCGCUGCGGACGAUCCUUCGCUUGGAAUGAGCAUCUCUCAGCCGGAGUUGUUGGAAAGCACUGCUGCAUUUGACAAGAUGCAACUGCGUCGCCUAUCACAGAUGCUAUUGAAUCUGCAAACGUACCGAUCGCCACCGAGCACGCCAAGGACACCCUCGGACAUCAACGAUCAUUCUGACUCCGCCAGCGACGUAUCGGUGGAUUCGUAUGGCGAGCCGACGCCGCGCUCAGCCGUCGCUUCCGUGCCUGCAAAAUCGUCCAUUAGCCCGGACUGGAUCCCGGAGCUCAAGCGCGCUUUUUGGCACGACAUGGAUCGCAACAUGGAGGAGAGGAUGGAACAGGCGCAAAUGAGGUCGCGCACGUGCACAGCGGGAACGGAAGCUGAGCACGUCGCUGCGAGGGGGUAUGCCACACCACCACCUCGUCUCAGCUCACGCUUUGGCGCAUCGAUGCCAGAUCGGGACAUAUCCACUAUCCCUUUCCCAUCGCGUCCCAGCUUCAGCGUCGACUCGCACUCCAUGUCGAGCUCCGAGCCAUCAGAGCCUGAUUCGCCACUUACCCUGUCGCAGAGCAUCAUCUGCGAGCUCGAAGACGGUACGCUCAGUCGGCCUGUGUCCAGCGUUGUGGACCCUGGUCCCUCGCCCAUGUCUAUCCUGCGUGUUGACGGUGAUGCUGCAGGAGCUCUCGAUUGGAUGCUGCCUUUUCUGGCCGAGAUGCGCGAAGGCAUCAGCCACGAUCAGAAAGACACGGCCACCAAGGGUGCCGCCGGCGGGAACCAUGUGAACAACGGCAGUGCAGGCAUCAAGCAGCUCGAUGCACCCUUCGUGCCGACGAUGCUUUCGCCCAGCACCAUCGGCCGGCGCCUGCGUUGCACAUCGCGCGAGAUCAAGCUGGCCGCCAUGCAACCCAGUCCGACAGGCAGCUCACUCACGCACUACUCGUAUGCGGGCAGCAGCGUCGCCAGCGGCAGCGCCAGCGACUUGGGGAGGGGCAGCAGUAUCAGCGAGCGCAGCGGUUCCAGCUCCCAUCGCAGCGCGCGCAGCAGCAGUGGCGGCCGGAGACUUGGUGCGCUCGCAUUGUCAGGGCGUGACCGCGAGGGUUGCGGUACCGGUGACAAUGACCGUGACGUUGUCCGUGACGAAGAAAGGCGUAGACUGCAAGUGUCGCCAUGGAGGAGCGACGCGAGGAGAAAUGCAGUGAUCGCACUCACCAGCUCCGACUCGGGCAGCUUGGACGGAUGGUUAGGGUGGGCUAUGAAGAACGAGCAAGACGCGCUGGCCGUGUGACAUCUUCAUAUGUACCUUUCUCACUCUCGCAAACAUCGGGAACUCUCUCCAACAAGCUGAAUCAAGGCUUUCCUCGUGCGCAUUAUAAAAGUCUGGGUAUGCUACAAAAUCACAGGUAGGUGGAGUAUACAAGGCCAUCGGAAAGAACGCAAAUAGAGGGAGGCCGUGCACAAAUGCAGUUGAUAAGUUAGGAAAGACCAGCUGCAACAAGUCCGUAGGCACUUGA